AUGGUGAAGAGCCAGACGGAGGCCAUUAAACACAUCCGAAUCCCGUGCUCCGUCUGCCUUUUGCCAAGGCCGUCCUACUGCGGCAUCGACCCCGGCUCCCCCAUCAUCGGAGCCCACGCGCUGGCCUCUGAGAUGAAGAUAAUCCCGCAGGAAAUACCUGUCAAAGAUGCCAUUAAAAUUCUCACUGAUGAGAUUGACAUUUUUUUAUCUGGAUCCACUGGUUCCUUCCACACCAUUUGCAUCACCAUAAUGCCCAAUUACGCUCAUUCUGAAGAGCCCUGGAAAGGAUUUCUUACAUUUGCUUGUCUUUCACUGGCCGCCACAGCUCUUUUCCACUCACUGACAACUGACCUUGAUGAGGUCAUCAUGGCAGUAGAUGGGAUUCAGCUCCAUCUAGUGUUUGGUGACAUAACCAAUGAGACUGCUGAUGCCAUUGUCAACUCUACUGAUUUUAUGGACUUCCAAACAGGAGUGUGUAAGGACAUCCUCACUAAAGCAGGACCACAAGUCCAGGCUAAUCUGACAGGAGCUCAGGUACAGCAUGGAAAGAUCUUUACAACCCAUCCAGGAGGCUUCCCCUGUAAGCUGAUCAUACAUGUUUGUGGACAGAGGGACUCGAGUGUCAUCAAGUCCUUGGCAAAAGAAAUAGUGGUUUACUGUGAGGCCGGAAACUACCAGUCAGUGGCCAUUCCUGCAAUCUGUGCUGGAAAAGGAGGUAUGGAUCCAAGUGUUGUGGCCAAGUCCAUUCUACAGGGAGUAAAGCAUGCUGUUCAAGAAGCUAACCCUAAAAAUCUCAAAACUGUUCGCAUCAUUCUACUAAAGAUCAACGUUUUUCUUAAGUUUAAAGCAAUGGCACAGCAAAUCUUAAGCGUAAAUAAACAGCUGACAGCUCCAGCACAUCUUGUACCUAUCCAUCCAACCAUCAGAGGACGCAGUGCAACCACUACAGGUGUGACUAGAAUAGUGCGUCGAUCACGGCCUUUACCAUCUUCAAGAUUACACCUUAGUUCUCUUGUGGCGUCUUUGCCUGUUGCUCAGUCCACAGCUGCAUUCCUAGUCAUUGGAUUUACCUAUGAUAAUGUGUUUGAUGCCUGCCGUGAACUUCAUCGGGCAUAUGACAACCAGUGUUCUACACACUCUUUCUCCUCUGAGGACAUUGGAUGGCUCACUGAUGAUGAGGUGGAUCAGCUGCGAUCGAAACUAAAUUCUUUGCACCUGCAGAUGCAAAAGAGCAACGCAGAUUCCUGGGUAGUGACUGGGCUGAAGGAUGGAGUGAAUGAAGUGGUUAGACUGGUACAAGGUGCACUUCGCAGGCAGUGCUGUGGAAAAACCCUUGGAUUUAAUAACUGGUCGAUCCUCCUUUGCCAGCAAUAACAUCAACCAAGCAUUUCCGGUAGCAGUGGAUUAGACCUGCACAACGUUCCGAAAUAUUUUUGGACCAUUCGUCCUUACAGAACUGCUUCAGAUCAGCCAUAUUCUUUGGAUGUUUGGUGUGAAUGGCUCUCUUGAGGUCAUUCCACAGAAUCUCUACUGGGUUAAGGUCUGGGCUCUGACAGGGCCACUCCAAAAAAGCCAUUCUGUAGUGGAUUUACUUAGAUGUUUAGGGUCAUUGUCCUGCUGCGUUACUCAACUUUUACUGAGUUUCAGCUGAUGCACAGCCACCCUGAUUAUCCUGUUGGAUAUCUAGAUUUAGGGCAGUGGUGGCUCAGUGGUUAAGGCUCAGGGUUACUGACCAGAAGGACAGGGGUUCAA